AUGUAUUUUGAAAGCAUUGAAAAAAUUGCUGAUUUCUAUAAAAUUGAUAAUCUCCAAGCUGAAGCGGAAAGUUGGUACAGUUUUUGGCAAAAUAAGGACUGCCAAGAUAUUGAUUUUAUUGAUUUGUUAAAUUGUAACUGUACGUUUUUUCCAAAUAUAGCUGUUGCUUUGGAAAUAUUUUUGUCUCUUCCGGCUACAAGCUGUACAGCAGAACGUUCUUUUAGUACAUUAAGGCGUGUUGAAACAUGGUUACGAUCAACGAUGGGUGAUGAUAGACUGAAUGGAAUAUGCAUGUUGAGUGUUCAUAGAGAAAAAGUAAAUUCAAAUAAAGAAAAAUUUAUUGAAAAUGCACUGACAACAUUUGGUAGAGAAUGUCCACGGAGAUUGGAAUUUAUAUUUAAUGAAAAAGAAAGAUGUAUAAUAAUAUACUAUAAAUAA